AUCAUCUUCAUCUCACUCUCGUACUCCAACACUCCACUCUCUCAUUUCUCCUUCCUCUCUCGACCUUCAAUUUUGACCCACGUAGCUUGAGCUUCUGUUUAUUUUCUAAGCAGCUUUUGAAAAAAGUAAUUCCUUCGGAUCUCCAAUGGCCACCGUCGAGGUUGUAUCAGCACAAGCUGCGCUCGUGGAGGACAAGUCUGAAGAGCCAAUCGAAACUCCUGUCCAUCAAGAGGAAGUUGUGGUGGUCGCAAGAAAAGAAGACCCCAAGAAAGAAGAAGAUCGAGAAGAGCCAGCCGAGACCGAGACCGAGACCAAGACCGUAACCGAGAGUCCCGAGACCAAACAAGAAGACGGCGUCCCCGAAACAACUGAAGGAGAACAGACUGAAUCGAAAGAAGAAAAAGAAGUCGAGGCACCAAAGGAGACUUCCAAGGUGGCACCCGAGCCGGCCGAGAGCAAGGAGGAAGCAAAAGAAGCCGACACGAAAUCAGCGGAACCUGAGGCGGUCGUGGACAAGGAGACAGAGACCAAGGAGACAGCGGUGGCCGAACCAGACCCAGACUCCGCCGUGGAGGCUCCGAAAGAGGAGGAUGUCAAAGGAGGAGGAGUGGAGGAGGGAGAGAAGGAAGAGAAGGGAGCUGCUGCUGCUGCUGCAGAAGCUGAUGAGAAGAAGACUACUGAUGAGUGAUGUGUCUGUGGAAGAGUGAGUGAGGGAGUGAGAGCAAGUCUUGUCUGUGCAUGAGUGUUUGGUGUGCUAGGGGGGUUUGUUUCAGUGACCUUGGUCUAGGGAUCUAAUAAAGCAAUCUACUGGUUUUCUGAUGUUCUGGUAUUGUAAAAAUUACUAUGUAGUAUCUGUCUUUGUGGAUUGGCCCUGUCACUUGGCAGAUCUCAAGAGGAUGAGUUCCAUGAUUCCUUGGUCUUUGGGAUUUUGCUUCUUGGCCUCCAUAAAAAUAAAUACUACUUCUAUAGGGUCUACUUGCUCUUCCUUUUGUUCAUGGUUAUAUAUGUUGCAGCAUGCUUAUUUGCUUAUUGCUUGGUUAACCUUAUUGAA